AUGACGACAGUAACAUUGGAAGAUUCAGAUGCCCCAUGCUUCUCUCACGAGAGCUUCCUGGCCCCGCCGGCUGUAGAGAAGCAACCUUCAGGCAUCAAAAGCCCUCAUCGGCACAGAAGCCCAGCGCGCCGCUGGAAUGGUGAUGGAAAGGGAAUCCAGGUGGACAUCGGCACCCGUUUGCGCGAAUAUGUCGACUGCUUGAACAACAGCAAAUGGAACGUCAUCGGAAACCACCUCGCCGACGAGCUCACCCGGAAUGGGCACUCCCAGACGCGUGAAGAGCACAUCACCCGCCUCCAAGGUCGCACGAAGGGCCUCGCCGGAUUCAACAUCAAGAUCGACACCAUGCUCGUCGAUAAGAAGGCUCGCGCUGUGGCCGCGAGAUACGUCAACCGGAUGACGCUGGUGGAUGAGAGGGUGAAUGCCGACCCCGUGGAGAAGACGAUUGAGUUUGAUGAACAGUGCUUCGUGUGGUUCAACGAGAAGGGCAAGAUUUCGAGGAUUGUGACGAUCCAGGACAACGACGGCAUUCGUGCUCAAAAUCCCACGGCAGAGAUGACGCCAAAGUUUCUCACGCGGAGCAUGCCGGAUAAACCGGUUGACCUGGGGUCGUUGUACCGCGCAUACGUCAUUAGUAUGAACCAGCGCACGAUGAAGACCGAGUUUCCUAAAUUCUGCAGGAAAGACCUUCGACACAACAACAGACCAUUCACUGUCCAGGACUAUGCACGCAACCUUGAUAUGAGCCACGAAGUUGUUUCAGGGCUUCAUUUCGAGAUUAAGGAGUUGCUGGUGGAUGAGGAGACUCAGCAGGUUGCUGCGCGAUUGGAGCUCACGGGAACACCGACGUCGAUGUUUGCGGGCAUCCCUCCCAAUGGCAAGAGUAUCAAGUUUAACGAGCACUGCAUGUACCGAUUCGACAAGGGCAAGAUCUCGGUGGUUUGGGCGACGAUGGAGCUGGACGUUGUAAGGAAGCAAUUGGAAGCCAGGGCAGAUCGGAGGAAGUCUUCCAUGUUGGGAAUCAAUUGA